AUGAUUUUCGAUGAAGGGUCAAUGCAAUCUAAGUCUAACCUGGACUGCUUCCUCCGCCGUACGACACCUGUUGUUCCGUCUCAGUUUCUUCCCAAGCACGAGAUUCGAAACCUUAACCGUUUGUGGCACCCGUGGGAGAGAGAAGCGGUUGAGUACUUCACUUUGGGCGAUCUCUGGAAUCGGUUCGACGAAUGGAGUGCUUAUGGAGCUGGAGUUCCCAUCUCCUUGUCCAAUGGGGAGACACUUGUACAGUACUACGUUCCUUACCUUUCCGCAAUUCAAAUAUUCACCAGCAACACUUUCAGGGAAGAGACAGAAUCAGGUGAGUGUGAGACAAGGGAUUCGUACAGCGAUUCCUACAGUGAAGAGAGUGAGUGUGAUAAGCUAUGGAGGUGGGAUGGAACUUCAUCAGAGGAGGGAGGAUCUGAGCAUGAUUGUUUGUGGCACAUGAAUGACCGCUUGGGUCACCUUUACUUUCAGUAUUUUGAAAGAUCAACUCCAUAUGGCAGAGUCCCUCUAAUGGAUAAGAUUACUGGGUUAGCAGAAAGAUACCCAGGGUUGAUGUCACUAAGAAGUGUAGACCUUUCCCCAGCAAGUUGGAUGGCAGUUGCUUGGUAUCCCAUAUAUCAUAUUCCCAUGGGGAGAACAAUUAAAGAUCUCUCAACAUGCUUCCUCACUUACCACACACUUUCAUCUUCGUUCCAAGAUACGGAGGUUGAUGAUGAUGCGGAGGGAGGACAGGAGAAGAGGAAAGAAGGUGAAGGAAUUUCGGUGGCAGCAUUUGGUUUGGCCACGUAUAAGAUGCAAGGGAAUUUGUGGGUCUCGGGGAAUUGUGGUAGGGACCAAGAGAGAAUUGUCUCACUGUUGAGCGUGGCAGAUUCAUGGUUGAAGCAACUAAGGGUCCAACAUCAUGACUUUAAUUACUUCAUGGGCGUUCGCCAUGGCUACGGCAAUUAA